UCUGCUCGCCAUGUUCCCCCUGCUCCCCUGCUCGCCGUGUUGCAAAUGAAGGCAUGGACUAUGGCAGAAGGUUGUUGGGUUGCCAAUAUGAGGAUUUCAGGGCUUGCGAAUAUGUGAAGUGGAUAGAUCCAAGAUGGGAUGGCCGGGCAAAGACAAUCAUUUGUGAUCUGGCUAUGAAGAACAAGCUGUUGCAGGAAGAACUUGAGAAGAAGGAGGCUGAGAAGCAUUGUGAUAGGGAGAAGAAGGUCAUUGCUAGGAUUAAUAAGGAGCAAAUGAUGUGCAUACAUAGGAUUUUGGUACUUGCCAUUAGUAUGUGUGUUGGCUUGUGUGUCAUUCUGUUACCAGUAGCAGGGAAGAAUUAGAAAGAGAUUGAGUAAAGA